UAUAUUUUUCUUUUUUUUUGCUUUUGCAAUGAAUGCACCACUACCACCUUCCCCAUCCCCAUCCAUCCACACCACUUUUCCUUAUUAAUACUCAAACCUCUUCUCCAAUUCAUUCCCUUUCUCUUCUUCCACUCACUCUCCUCAACCUCAUUUUUCUGCAUUCUAACUAAAGAGUUUGUGAGAUCAUCAUACAUUAACUAUCGCAGUCACCUGUUUUCUUGUGUUCAGCUGGUUUCAUUAUCCAUUCAAAUAGCUUCUACCCGAUUUUCCGUUUGACUAGUGUUGAAAGAGCCCAUUUUUCUACAAUGAGUUGUAAAGUGACUUAUAUUUUGACCUGAGAGAAUAUUUGGAGUCAAAAUUGUUUUGCUGAGUUGACCAAACUUGCAAUAUCAGCAAUUGAUGUGAACUUGAGAUCUAUAGUUGAAAGGGAAGCAUUUAAAACUCACCCCCAUCAAAUGGGUUGUUGUGUUUCAACGAGUAGUCGAAGUACUUGUAGCAGCGGGAGUAAUGGAGAGAUGGUCACUACUCCAUCUUGCUUAGAAAUUGGGUUCUGUGGGAAAAAGAGAGCAAGGAGAACAUUCUCUGACCAUGUUAUUUCGUUACAACAUUUAUCAUCCUUACCUAGCAGGAUUUUCACAAACGGAAAGAGUCGAGGUUCUUGCAUAUUUACGCAGCAAGGCCGCAAGGGCAUUAAUCAGGAUGCCAUGGUUGUGUGGGAAGAUUUCAUGUCUGAAGAUACGGUCUUUUGUGGUGUCUUUGAUGGCCAUGGUCCACAUGGUCAUCUUGUUGCACGGAAAGUGAGGGAUACUUUACCUGUAAAAUUGCUUUCAUUUUUGCAUUCUAGUGAAUCAAAGCAAAAUAGGUCAGGUAAAGCUUGUUUCAAACAGAACAUAAAACGGGAUGGUGGAGACUCUGAGAAGGAUUGUUCUGCUGAGGAUAAACUGAAUUCGACUUGGAGAGAAGCUUUCAUGAAAACAUACAAGGCCAUGGACAAAGAGCUUCGGUCUCAUCCAAAUGUAGACUGCUUCUGUAGUGGGAGCACAGCUGUGACUAUAGUGAAGCAGGGUUUAAAUCUGUUCAUGGGAUAUAUCGGGGAUUCGCGAGCAAUUAUGGGAUCCAAAGACAGCAAUGAUGCCAUGGUGGCAGUUCAGUUGACUGUUGAUUUGAAGCCUGAUUUGCCAAGAGAAGCGGAAAGAAUCAAGCAGUGCAAGGGGAGGGUGUUCGCGUUGCAAGAUGAGCCGGAAGUGCCUAGGGUUUGGUUGCCUUUUGAUGAUGCACCGGGAUUAGCAAUGGCCAGAGCAUUUGGAGAUUUCUGCUUGAAGGAGUAUGGUGUGAUUUCUAUACCUGAAUUUUCUCACCGGCUGCUUACUGACAGAGAUCAAUUCAUUGUUCUUGCCUCUGACGGGGUUUGGGAUGUUUUAAGCAAUGAGGAGGUGGUUGAGAUAGUAUCCUCAGCACCAACACGAUCAUCAGCAGCAAGGAUUGUGGUAAAUUCUGCUGCUCGGGAAUGGAAACUCAAAUACCCAACUUCGAAGAUGGACGACUGUGCUGUAGUGUGCUUAUUUUUGGAUGGUAAAAUGGACUCAGAAUCAGAUUAUGAAGAACAAGGUUUCUCUUCUGCCACCAUUCAGAGCAACCAUUCAGGGAAUCCAAUUGAGUCAGACGAUGGACAAAAGUCUGAGCCGUCUUUGCAAAGGAACUUUACGGUAAGAUCAUCCGAAGAAAAUGAGAUUAAUGGAGCAGUGUCUGUUGAUGUUGAAGAUGUAACAGCAUCAGCUGAUGAUCAAAACUGGUCAGGUUUAGAAGGGGUCACCCGCGUAAACUCACUCGUCCAACUUCCUAGAUUUUCUGAGGAAAGGUCAAACUCUUGAAUUUGUUUUUUCAUGAGGUAACUGUUUAUUGUAGUAGUACCUUGCACAACAAUCAAUUCAAGAAAGAAAUUUUUGGUGGAAGUGGUAUCAUCUUGAUUGCCUAAUUUACUUGUAGAAAACUAAUGUUUGAUUAGGGUCUCAAAAUGUAAUUGAUUUCGGCUUAAUGCAAGGUGUUGCGUUAAUAACUUGUUUUGGUGCUAGAUAUCAAAUCUCUAGUUAUAUG